AUGUUCAACCUCAAGUACGGUUGUUUUGCCUUUUUUUCUCAGUCGUAAUGGUUUUUUUAUGAGGAUCUAUAGUUUUAAGUUAAAAGCAAUACAAAACAUCAAUAAUAUUAAAAAAGAUAGUGUUUUAUUAGUGUAAAAGUGUUAUAAAAGUGUCAUUGUUCAGUGUUUUAGACGUAAUUCUUGUUUAUGAGUACUGCGUAUCAUGUAACUCUUUGAUCUUGUGGUUUAUUUUGUGGCUGCUGCAUCUAUUUCCGACCAAGCAUUCUUCCAUAACGAUACCAUGAAAUAAUUAAGCAAGAUGAGUUGGCUCCGGACAACAUCAUUGACACUGGCACGCCAGUUGUCGCGGACUCUCGAUCCUCGUCAUGACUAUGAGCCUCAAGCGUGCUAUAAUUCAUUUUGCAAACACUGGCAACAGGCUCAUGAUAUUAUUAUAAAAUCACAGCCUCAACAUUUACACGAUGAUGUUCUCGGUGUAGUGAAUCAUCUCGAACAGUUGACCACACUCUUGGUGUUAGAAGCAAGGGCGCGGGAGAUCAACCGUAUGUCAAGUCCAGCGACAUGCCUCGAAUAUUUGCUCAGUGAGAACCUACUGGACAAAUUGUAUGAAUGGGCGAUAUGUACGGGCAAAUACGAAAAUGCAGUCCGACUGGAACAGCUUAAAUUAUUUGGUAACCUAGUCGGCCAUUACGGUUCACAGGUUAUAGCUGCUGAACCAUUUCUUCGGCCAUUAUUAAAACUUCUCAGUGGUUUUAGAAACCAGUUGCCCCCACCUAAUCUGGAAAGUCAAUUGGUAGCUGUACUAAACCAACUAUGUGUGGUACUGAUGCAGAAUAUGAAAUUCAUAGAUCUCUUCUUUCUUAUGACGCACACGAAAAACGGUUCACAAGCUGAAUUUAUCAUCGGUCGUCUUCUUCUGUCAUCCGUGCAUAUAGAAGGUUCCGCAGGCUCGGUGGCGCGUGAUGCGUUUCUACUCUGCGCUAAGAUGUCCGCAAAAUGUCCACCUCUAGCGCACUGCUUGCUUGCGGGGAACGCAUGUCCUAUACUGGCGACAGGUCUGAGCGGGCUGUACUCGCUGCUGCCGCGCUCGCUGGGCGUGGCGCGCCUCACUCCGGACGACGUCAAUCGCGUGCACAAACUCACACUCUUCAUCGACUCGCUCGAGUUCUGCAAUGCAGUCGCUCAGGUAGCUCACCCAUCCAUCAAGAAACAUCUACUAGACCUACUGUACCAGGGCUUUCUGGUACCGGUGAUGGGUCCGGCACUGUUACAGAAGAGAGCGGCGCCCUUACAGAGCGGAGCGGGGGAGCAGGCGACGGCCAUGGCCUACCUCGAGCUGUUACUGCGCUGCGUCACUUCCGGGGGACUGUUGCGGGUGAUCUUACACUUCCUGUUCGCGUACGAGUACGAUGGUGUCAAAGUUAUUGAUGUACUACUCGGUAGAUUGGAAGGGAAUGAUCAACUUUCCUUAGUAACUUUAUCUCUUAUUGAAACACUCAUCGACCUGAAUUGCGAAGAUGUUAUGAUAGAACUAGUCUACAAGUACCUCCUGAAUGGCAGCCAUUUGAUGGCGAUGUACAGGCAUAAGUUAUCCAACCCGGAACUCUACAGAGAUUCAGCAAUGGCCUUCAUAGGACUAAGUCCCAGGUGUUGUACGAGACCCGUAGAGAAGACCAGGGAGUGGGUGGAUGAACUGGCCCUGAGUGGAAGGAGAGUGUUGGAUUUUAAGAGAGAUGAUGAUAAUAGAAGAAUGAAUGGAGUGCACGGUGAUAUUGCCAUGAACAAUCUAGUCCAUGAAGUUAACUUUGAUUACGGGAACCCAAACGAAACACUUUAUAACAAUUAUCAUGCAUACCUCUGCGACGCGCGAUUCGAAAUAGUAUCACGUUCGAUAGCCUGCGCAAACUGGAGCUACAAAUACGACGCAAUCCCACCGAAACGAGAAACUAACAACAACUCAACUAAAGAAACGAAAGAGAUAGAUGCUCAAACCCCUUUGCGAGAGCAGGACAGCCUCGUCUCAGUAUGCACGAGCGGCUAUGAUACUCUCAAAAACAGCGAUACUUCUGAAAAGGAACCGCAUAGUUUGAACUCCUUGAAUGAAGUCGCUGAAAGCAGUAAAGUUAGUGAACAGCAAUGCAACGAAACAAAAGAUCCUGAUAGUUUAACAUCGUUCGGUGAAAGUAGUGGAUAUGAUAGCUUUAUGUACAGAAUUGAUGAAAACGAGGACGAAGGUUUUGCUGAGGAUUCGUUCAUGAAGAGUUUUGUGAAAAGUACAGUUACAGUUACAAGGGAGUACGAUGAAAUGUCGUCCGUGAGGAAUUGGCGUGCCAGUGCUGAAUCAAUUAUCGGCCCCCUUCUGCAUAGUCUUCUAAAAAAAGCCGCUAAUUUCCUCGAAACCGAAGUAGCUGUCACGUGUCGAGUAUCCAGCAUAUUGAGUAAGCUCGCCUCUCUGCCGACGCCGCUGUUGACGGCGCUAUUGUUGUGUCCCGGCUUCGUGUUGCAGCCGAAUGUGCCUUCAUUGUUUCAGAUUCUCUGCAGGUUAAAGGAAGAAAUCGACGAAUUGACGAACGGCCUGGACAACACGAGCGAGUUAGUCGAUAAGGCGAGAGUGUUCCUCAUACAAAGGGAGAUGACGUUGGUCAAAUCGCGGGCGCAGACAAACGAAGAUAGUCAACCGCGGUCAAACUCUCCCGCACAGAAAGGAGACGAUUCCCCUUUCCGACGAGUGGAGGCCAAGCGUCGUAGCUUCUCGUCGAGUAUAUCAAAUAUGUUCAACAGGAAAACUUCAUUAUCACCGACACAAAACAACUCUCACAACCUACAAAACUCAGUCCAUACUUCCCCCGCACAAAGGCAUCCGAUCUUCACACAAGAAGCCUACUGGAACCAGUCCAUCACACUCCGUUCCGUCCUAAACGCAGUGAUAUUAGACGAAUGGCUCAAGGAACUGUCCUCGCUAUGUGAGGAACAAGCCUUACGAUUGUCAGCAGAUUGCUACGAAAACGACACUUAUAUACGAACUGUGGCAUUAUGACUGUUAGCUUUCGCCUCUGAAGGCAUAUUUAAAAAUAAUAAAGUCGUAACUGACACAUUUGUAUGAAAUGCCUUAAAACGUUAAAUGUAAAUAGCAAUCAUAUUUUUAUAAAGAAUUUUUGUCUAAGGCCAAGGCAAAAUUUAGUACAAUUAUAAGUUCGGUAAGUAUCAUUUACUCUAUUUUCGGUUAGGUUACAUUGUAACACUGACUUUAUACCUUAUUUUAUAGUAAAUAAUCUUUUGUCUAAUACUUUUAAUUAUAUCGGAAGAAUAUGCUCUACCUUGGCCUUAAAAAUCACGUUCAAAUUUUUUUUAUAAAAACAAUAUUUCUCCUAAAGUAAAUCCUAGACUAGAUGCCUUAGAUGUACCUAAAUAUCACAUACUUAAAUCUAAGUACCUAACUUUAUAUAAGGUUUAAGUGUAGUUGCAAUCGUAUUUUUAAUCAUCGAAUGCCAUGAUCGUAAUUUUGAACUGUGAUUUAUAAUGUUCAAAAAAUUAAAUUGGAAUAUAAUUUAUUUUAUACAAAUUUAAACUAUUUUUUAAAUUAGUAUUUAAAGUAAGAUGCGUUGUUUGAAGUGUCACCUUAGGCUGUGGAGAGUACAUCAUAAACUCGAUGCUCGUGAGAAAGAAGAAAAAAAAACGAUCGACGAUAGAUCAAGAAAUGUUCAAUCCGAAAGUUUCAUAAUUUUAUUGCGUGUUUUUUUUUACUAUUACAAACAAAAUAGUUUUUUUUAACACUGAACUCGCAUUAUUUAUAAUUAUAUUUAAUUUCAUAGAUUUUAUUUCUGAAUUUAGGACAAUUUUAAUUAUUCGUUUUUUCUAGAACAAUAACAUUGCUGUGUUAAUUUUAUUAAUAUU